AUGGCUUUUGAGUCUCUACUGAACCCAUGGAGGAUAUCUGCCAGAUUCCUCAACAUUAACACACUAAAUGUUGUAUCAGACGACUCAGACAUUGUGUACGCUUGCCGAAAUGGAGUAGUAGAUAGUGUUCUUCAAUGGGCUCUUUUUCGAGGUGAAUAUGAAAUUACAAGAUUGAUUCUUGAGCAUAGCCCGGAUGGUACCCAUUUAAGCACCUGGAAUAACUGGAAUUGUCUCAUGUAUCUUCUACAAGGCGCUCAACAAUUCGACAAGGGAAGCGCAUACAGCUUGGCAGAUUUUCUAAUGCUGCUUAACCGCGACGACGUGUUGAUUGAUACCAGUUCAACAGACGACACUGAAAUGCAAGCUCUGGAACUUGCAGCUUGUUGGUAUUCCGGGGACAUCAUCAGUCGAAUACUUGCCCUCGGUGCACCAAUCACACUCCUAUCCUCUAACCCGUGGGGAUACCCCAGAAAUCCCAUUUUGUAUUCCAUUUACAAAUCUGACUUUGCAUCAUUCCAAGCACUCCUCACAUACUACAAGGAUCUCAAUGCUAAGGAUGCUGAUGGGUACACGAUGUUAAGCUACACUGCAAGAGCGGGAAACGUUGAAAUGACGGAUCUCCUACUUAAGAUGGGUGCAGAAGAAAUCAUUCCCAACUAUAGGGCUACCUCUAAAGAUGGAGGUGAUGAUUUGAUUGAGAAGAAUUCAGAUUCUGAGGGCAGGGAAAAAUCAGAGACCACGUGGGAUGCUACGGGAUUAAUAAUUGAUGAGUGGGUUGGCCCAUGGACUGCUGAAAAUUAUGAAAAAUAUAUGAAAUCAUUGGAGCAAUACGGUAAAGUGGUUAUUACUCGAUCAAGAGAUGGAAGCGAAUCUAAUGAAAUCUUCUGGGAUAUUAUUACUAAUUAA